AUGGCCAUGGGUGACACCGUCUCCGGCCCAGCGCAGUGGGCUCAACUCGGCGGCGGCGGCGCCAGGCCGUACCCCUCGGCCACGCCCGCCGCAUCGGACUCGAACCUGACCGUCGAUGGUCUGCCGGCCAAGGUCACCCACCAACAGAUCGAGGGCCGGGUGGGGAAGCCGGUGAGGCGGCGGUCGAGAGCCACCCGGAGGGCUCCGACCACCAUGCUCAACACCGACACCACCAAUUUCCGCGCGAUGGUCCAGCAAUUCACCGGCGUCCCUUCGGGACCGUACUCGGCCGAGUACCGGCCUGGCGGCGUCCCGAUCUCCAACCUGGGCGGUGGUUAUAGUUCGCAUGAGCCACUGAACCAGACAGCCUUCACGUCCUUCGGCCACCUCCAGCAUCACCAGUACCAGGGGCAGAGCUUGCAGUACCCACAGGAGGAGCGACAGCAGUAUCAGUCAUCUGAUGGUAACAUCUUUACCGCAGCCGGUAGCGCUUAUCGUAGCAACAACAGCAACGAUGCUCUUCUUCUUCAAGGGUUCAACAACUCCGGCACUGCCUUGGAGGUGGGCGAUGACUUUUUCUUUGAUGGUACGUACAGCCAAAUGAUGCCAAGGCCAACCUCCACUGACCACAGGGCUCAUGGGUACUUUUCUUGAGACGGGAUAAGGGCGGGGUUAGAGAUGAGAGAGCACUUUCGAUACUUGUAUGUAUGUAACGUGUGUAUGGGGAAGAGAGCGAGACGGGCGACAACGCAUGUGCAUAUACAUUGUCAUCAUAUCCUUACUAGUCUUAUGCAAUAUGUAUCGAAUCAGAAAGAGGUGAUGUGAUUAAUUGCUCUCCAA